CUCACCUCUGGAGGAGUCACCCAGGGCUCCGGGUCCAGCCUCAGUUCGCCCCCGGGCCCUCGGUCGCCCCGCCAGCAGAACCCGGUCGUCUCGGAGGCUGUCGGCCCGCAACAUCAUGGGACAGGCGGGAAGCAUGCCCUUCCUCCACGACGCCCUGCAGGAUCUCCAGUGCCACUUCACCUGGGAUCUGGACGGGGCGGCGGACGAGCCCCUGGACCCGGCCCAAGGCCUGGCCUCGGUGGCCCUGCGCCUGGCUCACGGCCCCCCCGGCCGGCGGGCCGACCUCCUGGCCCUGCGCGCCUUCCUGCUGCAGAGGCAGGGCCGGGCCGAGGAGGCCCUCCGCAGCCUGAGCGAGGCCGGCCGCCAGCCUGCCCUGACCCCCCACCAGGCCCUGCUGGUCUGCGGCGACCGGGCCUGGCUCUCCGACCAGCUGGCCCGCCCCGAGGAGCUGGAGCAGUCCCUGGCCGAGGUCUGGGCCAUCUGCCGCGGGCUGGGGAGCCCCCUGCCCUGGACCGCCCCGGGCCCCGAGCUGGCCGCCCUGAGGGGCCGGGCCCUGCUGACCCUGGGCUCCCGGUUCGGGGGGGGCGGCCGGCUGCUUCCGGGAGGCCCUGCGGGGGCAGCCGGAGGUCGAGGACCACCGGGCCGGGCUGGCCCUGGCGCUCUUCGCCGCCUGGAAGCACCCGCGGGCCGGGGAGGGGGCCGAGGAGGCGGGCCGGGAGGCCCGGGAGCAGCUGGAGCGGGUGGUGGGCCUCCACUGGUGCGCGGGCGGGAGCCCGGGAGGGCCGCCGUCCUGCUGGACGAGGCCGCGCGCCACAGCCGGGACCCCGAGGUCCUGAGGGCGGCGGCCCGGGCCCUGUCCCCCACCCGGGCCCUGGGACCGCUGCGGCGGGCCCUCGACCUGGCCCCCGACCACCCCCGGCUCCACUUCGACCUGGGGCGCCAUCACUACGCCGCGGCCCGGCUGGGCGGGGGGCCCGCAGAGCUGGAGGCCGCCGUCGCCUCCCUGCAGGUCGCCCUGGAGAAGCAGCCCACCUUCCUCCGGGCCGAGACGCUACUGGCCGAGGUCCUGGGGGCGCGGGGACCCCUCUCCGCCCCGGAGCCCGGCUCUGCCGCCGCCGAGGGAAACGGUGCGGCCUAG